AUGAGGGAAGACCAGAGACUCGAGUUGAUAAAGCUUUUCUUCAACGAAAAGGGACUUGUCAGACAGCACAUAGAGUCGUACGACUACUUCGUAGACCACGAGAUAAAGGCUCUUGUAAGGGCAAACCAGAUUGUCGACUCAGACAUCGACCAUACAUUCUAUCUCAAGUAUCUGGACAUCCGUGUUGCAAUGCCGAGCGUGGAGGAAAACAUGGUUAACUACAAUGUGUUUCCAAUAGAAUGCAGGCUGAGAGACAUAACAUACUCUGCAAACAUCUACGUUGAUAUAGAGUACGUCCGAAACAGACAGAUUAUUGUCAAGAGAGAUGUUUGUAUCGGAAAGAUGCCUGUGAUGCUAAGAAGUAGCAGGUGCCACCUGAGAAGAGAGACAAAAGGACCAAUGGAAGGCAGGAAAACAAAAGAUAGAAGAAUCAGGGAGUCCCAGGAGUGCCCUCUUGAUGUUGGAGGAUACUUCAUUGUCAGGGGAAUCGAGAGAGUAGUAUUAAUACAGGAGCAGCUUUCGAAAAACAGGAUCAUCAUUGAGUCGGGCCCCAAGGGGUUGUUUGCUUCAGUGACAUCCUCCACAGACGAGCACAAGAGCAAGACAUCGGUGACUACUAGAGAUGAUUGCUACUACUUGAAAAACUCGAUGUUCAGCGAGGAGGUUCCAGUGGUGAUAAUGAUGAAGGCCCUGGGACUGGUACAGGACAGGGAGGUGGCCGAAUGUGUUGGAAAGGAAUACUUUGAGAUUAUGGUUCCCAGUUUUGGAGAGUGCAUGUCGAAGGGGAUAUUCACCAGAGAACAAGCGCUUCUCUACAUAAGCAGCUACAUAAAGCUUAAGCCGGAAGACAACAGGAUAGAGGAGGUUCUUACUGUUUUGUCCGAAAAGGUGCUCCCAAAUGUUCAGAUAGAGGGAUGCGAUCUCCGGAAGAAGGGGAUCUAUAUAGCACUGAUGGUCAGGAGGCUCGCACAAACCAAGCUCAAUAUACUCCGGGAAGACGACAAGGAUUUUGUUGGGAACAAAAGAUUCGAGCUUGCAGGGCAGCUACUAUCGAUUCUUUUCGAAGACACAUUCAAGAGAUUCAACUUUGAGUUGAAGAAGUCGAUUGACAAGAUACUGAGCAAAAGGUCCAGAGCCCAGGAGUUUGAUGCACUGACGUUCCUGAACCUGCAAGCCAACAUGAUAACAUCCACCCUUGCUAGGGCAAUUUCAACCGGGAACUGGAAUCUGAAGAGAUUCAGAAUGGAGAGAAGCGGGGUGACGCAUGUUCUGUCAAGACACUCGUACAUAUCUGCACUGGGAAUGAUGACAAAGAUCAAUUCCCAUUUCGAAAAGACAAGAAAGGUCAGUGGCCCUCGAUCUCUUCAUACGUCGUCCUGGGGCAUGCUUUGCCCUGUUGACACGCCUGAGGGAGAGUCAUGCGGUCUUGUCAAGAACCUUGCCCUACUAGCAGAGAUAACGACUAACUCGGAUACGAAGCCUAUCUUGGACACGGUGUACAAGCUUGGAGUUGUCGACAUCAACUCUGUUUAUACUAGGGAGAUACACCAGAAAGACAUGUUCUCCGUAUUCCUUAAUGGUGACAUCAUCGGAAUAACCAACAGGGCCGACUUUCUUGUGGAGCAGUUCAAGCUACACAGGAGAAAGGGGCUUGUUGGAAAGUUCGUGUCCAUCUACAAGGUGACGGUUGAAAGGGUUAUCCACAUAGCCUCUGACAACGGCAGAGUGUGCCGUCCACUGAUUAUUAUUGACAAGAACAGGAUAAACCAGACGAUAAUUUCGAACCAGAUGGACGAAUGUCUCAAGGCCCUGAACAUUUCGGAGAAGGUGGCAAUAGAAAGCGGAAAGUCUCUUUUUGACUGCUAUCUCAAGUACAAGUCAUUCACCGAUCUUCUGGAGGAAGGGUUUAUUGAGUAUCUCGAUGUCAACGAGGAAAACGAUUGCCUUGUUGCACUCAAGCCUGAGGACAUAGGAGAGGAAACAACACACCUUGAGAUUUCUGAGUUUGCAAUUUUGGGAUAUGUGGCCGGUCUUGUACCGUUUCCGCAUCACAACCAAAGUCCCAGAAACACAUAUCAGUGUGCAAUGGGAAAGCAAGCCAUCGGCCACAUAUCUCUGAAUGUCAAGAAGAGAUUUGACUCUGUUAUUCUGCAGCUUACAUACACUCAUCGGCCCAUGGUUUCCACGAAGAUACUUGAUCUUAUCAACUAUAAUGAGAUACCUGCAGGCCAAAAUGCGAUGGUUGCAGUCAUGAGUUACUCUGGAUACGAUAUAGAAGAUGCCCUUGUUCUGAACAAGACAUCUGUCGAAAGAGGGCUCUUCAGAGUAGAGGUGUACAAGACAACAACAACCCUAUUGAAAAAGCACAGCAACGGAAUGUCGGACGUUCUCUGGCCCAAUCCGAAGGAAAGUGUCUUGGAUGAAGACGGACUGGGGAAGCCCGGGAAAAUGGUGAGAGAUGGAACUGUAUAUGUGAACAAGAUGUCGCCUGUGGAUGGGACAUACAAGUUUACGGGAAAAGUUCAUAGAGGGGACCCUGCAUACAUUGACAAGAUCCUUAUCACAAAGUCUCAGGACCAGGUGCUUAUAAAGACGAUGCUGCGCCAGACAAGAGUCCCAGAAAUAGGAGAUAAGUUUAGUAGUAGACACGGACAGAAGGGAGUAGUAGGGCUCCUUGUUAGGCAAGAAGACAUGCCAUUCAACGACCAGGGGAUUGUACCAGAUAUCAUUAUGAAUCCACACGGAUUUCCGUCCAGGAUGACUGUCGGGAAGAUUGUGGAGCUGAUUUCGGGUAAAGCCGGCGUUCUAGAAGGACAAAUCCUCGACAGCACUGCAUUCAAGGAGAAUUCUGUCGAGCAAACAUGUGAGCUUCUGAUUAAGCAUGGGUUCAGCUACUCGGGGAAAGACUGCUUUACAAGCGGGACUACGGGAGCCCCGUUAGCUGCAUACAUAUUCUUUGGACCGGUAUUCUACCAGAGACUCAAGCACAUGGUAGCAGAUAAAAUCCACAUGAGGGCCCGGGGGCCUAGGGCAAUACUUACGAGGCAGCCGACGGAGGGUAGGAGUAAGGAUGGAGGCCUGAAACUGGGGGAGAUGGAGCGCGAUUGCCUGAUAGGGUAUGGUGCAUCUUCUCUGAUUACAGAGAGACUAAUGACAUCUUCAGACGUAUUCGAGGCUUAUGUGUGCAGGUCGUGCGGGGUACUUGCCUUUAAGGGCUGCUGCGUCGCUUGCAAGGGCACAAAGCCCGUAAAAGUAAAGAUGCCGUAUGCAUGCAAGCUCCUGUUUCAGGAACUCAUGUCCAUGAACAUCCUCCCCCGGCUUCAUAUUGAAUAG